AUGAAGUCAAACAGCAUCCACAUGCCCAUAAAAAGGAUGCGGUCCCAUGCGGCGUCGCCAGUACCCUCCGAAAAUGAGGUGGAUAUUCUAACGUCUUUAUUCCCCGAGAGCGCCACGACGUCGGACAGGCCCAAUACAAAUAAGAAGAACGGCACGCAAGAGGGUUAUGGGUUCGACGCCGGAGACCUACUGGACGGCGACGGCAGCGGGGAAGAUGAGGGCGAUGAGGCUUUCAUUGCUCUGAAACAAGCAGCAUCGUUCAGAAAAGCUAGUAACUUAAAGGGGAAGUCGGUGAAGAAGGGCGGUGGCUUUCAGGCUAUGGGACUCAGUGCAAACCUACUAAGGGCUAUCACCAGAAAGGGGUUUUCAGUCCCUACCCCCAUCCAGCGGAAAACCAUACCAUUGAUAAUGGAGAGGAGGGAUGUUGUUGGCAUGGCGAGGACUGGCUCUGGAAAGACUGCUGCCUUUGUCAUACCUAUGAUAGAGCGUAUGAGGGCCCAUAGCAUCACCGUUGGCGCAAGGGCCCUGAUCCUUUCGCCGUCCCGAGAGCUUGCAAUCCAGACUCUGAAGGUCGUUAAAGAAUUUAGUCGCGGAACGGAUUUGAAGUGUAUACUCCUCGUUGGCGGCGACAGCCUAGAGGACCAAUUCAGCUCGAUGACCACUAAUCCAGAUAUCAUUAUAGCUACCCCUGGGCGGUUCCUGCAUCUUAAGGUCGAGAUGUCUCUCGAUCUGUCUUCCAUUCAGUAUGCUGUCUUUGAUGAAGCGGACAGACUAUUUGAGAUGGGUUUCGCCGCGCAGCUGACGGAGAUCCUCCAUGCCUUGCCAUCGUCAAGGCAAACUCUGCUAUUCUCGGCGACUCUACCGACUUCUUUGGUAGAGUUCGCUCGUGCGGGCUUGCAAGACCCAAGUCUCGUCCGACUAGAUGCCGAAACGAAGAUUUCCCCGGACCUUCAGUCGGCGUUCUUUAGCGUCAAAGGGGCCGAGAAAGAGGGCACCCUUCUUCACAUCCUAAACGAUGUCAUCGAAAUGCCGACCGGAUUACCGGAAGGCGUCGAGCCGGACUCAGGACAAAAUUCGAAGAAAAGAAAACGAGGAUCAGAUGCUCCGAGGAGGAAGGAGAAGCCGACAAAACAUUCAACUAUCAUCUUUGCCGCCACUAAGCACCAUGUGGAAUACCUACAAUCUCUACUUCGCGAAUCGGGGUUUUCAGUCUCGUAUGUCUACGGAUCUCUUGACCAGACGGCGCGGAAAGAACAAGUCGAAAGCUUUACGCGUGGCCGUACGAAUAUUCUUGUAGUAACGGACGUUGCUGCCCGGGGCAUCGAUAUCCCCGUUCUUGCUAACGUGAUAAAUUACGAUUUUCCUCCGCAACCAAAAGUCUUCGUCCAUCGAGUUGGUCGCACAGCUAGAGCGGGGCAGAGGGGCUGGAGUUAUAGUCUCGUUAGAGAGGCAGAUGCGCCAUAUCUACUAGAUCUGCAUCUAUUCCUCGGAAAGAAGCUCGUCCUUGGAAAAGAGGGCAAAAGCGAUAUAAAUUUCGCGGAGGAUAUCACUGUCGGGUCCCCUGUUCGGAGCAAGGUCGAAGCCAACGUCGAGUGGCUUGACAAGGUCCUACGCGAAAGUGAGGAUAUCAGCGCCCUGCGUCGAGUCUCAGGGAAGGCAGAAAAGCUAUACCUCAAGACUCGCAAUUCUGCAUCUGCCCAGAGCGCCCGGAGGGCAAGGGAAGUCGUGUCGUCAAAAGGCUGGACGCAGCUACAUCCACUUUUUAGUGAUGAGCUGGGGGAUACCGAGAAUGCUCGUGUCGAGAUGCUCGCGAAGAUCAGCGGCUUCAAGCCCCAAGAGACGAUCUUCGAAAUCGGCAAUUCGAGCAAGACGGGCCGAAACGAAGCGGCCGAGGUCAUGAAGACACUUCGCGAGCGCUUCGGCCCUCGGAAGCCAGCGAGAGGAGCCGAAGAUCCUAAAAAAUCGAUAGAGGACCAUUUGGCACAGGAGGGUGACGACUUGGGGGAGUUGGGUGAAGACGAGGAAAUGGUGGAUAGGGAAGAUCCCGUGUUGCACGACCCGGGAUCCAACGACGAUGACGGCAGCCUCGGCGGAGGCGACGGCAGCGACGACCUCGAAGUCACCGUAUCCAACCACCAUGGCGCUUCGACCGGGUCGGGGCGGGGAACUACGUCGGACCCUUGGCGAGACGCGGAGGUCUUCAUGCCGUACACGCCGCGCAGCGUCAACGCGGCGGAGGAGCGCGGGUACGGCGUGCACGCCGGCGGCGGCGGCGGCGGCUCGGGCACGUUCGUGGAGGCGGCGCGCGACGCCGCCAUGGAUCUGGCCGACGACGAGGGCGCCAAGUCGUUCGGGGCGCCGGCGCGCCCGCGGCUGCGCUGGGACAAGAAGGGCGCCAAGUACGUCGCGCGCGACAACGACGACGACGGCAGCCGCGGCGCCGGCCGCCGCAUGAUCCGCGGCGAGAGCGGCGUCAAGAUCGCCGCCAGCUUCCAGAGCGGCCGCUUCGACAAGUGGCGCCGCGCCCAGCGCCUCGGCCGCGCCCCGCGCCCCGGCGAGCCCGAGAGGCGCGGCGCGGCGACCCUGCCCGCCUCCUCCGACCCCGCCAAGCACUACCGUCACAGGCAGCAGAAGGCGCCCAAGGAGGCCGACAAGUACCGUGACGACUAUUACGCGCGCAAGAAGCGCGUGGCCGAGGCCCGGGAGAAACGCGUGGGGCGCUUCCGGGACGGCGGCGGCAGCCGGAAGGAGAUAAAGAAUGCGGAUGACAUUCGCAAGGCGAGGGUACUCAAGGAGAAGCAGAGGGCCAAGAACGGUAGGCCGCCGAAGAGGUGACGCGGGACAUGGAUUACAGGUACGAUCCUUGUCAUAGAAAUAGGGCUAGCAAGCUAGCCCUUAUAUUUUAUUUGUCUUUGCAAAUGUUAUCCUGAGGUUAGGAUGGAAAUUGAUAGGUAUGUUGAUGCAUGCAGGUUGGGGUGAACAAUCCUCAGGUAGAGACCACACGCAUUGAAACGUUAAAAACCCUGGGGCCCGACAGUUCCCGUCAUCUAUUGAG